AUGGACUUGGAACACACCACUUCGAAGCCUACCGAUCAAAACAUCCUCGAUGCAUGCGACUUGGCGGAUUUCGGCCAUGGACAGGCCCUUGAACGGAAGUUCAACAUCUGGAGCAUGUUAGCUAUGGCUUUCUGUGUUUUAGGAACAUGGUCCACUUUUGCUCAAGAUCUGUCUGACGGUCUUGUUAAUGGAGGCCCAGUCUCGAUUCUCUGGGGUCUCGCCUUGGUGACAUUCUGCAAUACAUGUGUGGCAUUUUCUCUAGGAGAAAUCUGCAGUAGUAUGCCUACAGCCUUGGGCCAAGCAUAUUGGAUCUAUCGUCUUUGGGAUACACCGUUAGGACGCUUUGUGUCCUACAUUUGUGCUUGGAUUAAUGUUUUUGGCUGGUGGACUCUUGCUGCGUCGCAGGUUGCCUUUAUGACUAACUUCAUGCUGGGCAUGAAAGUUAUGUUUUACCCGAAUUGGACGGGCGCGUCAACCGGCUGGUUAGAAUUUGUCGUUUAUAUGGGCUGUGUUUUCUGCCUAACACUGAUUAAUGUUCUUGGGUGUCGUCGAGAACAAUUCCUUCCUUGGUUAAACAAUGUGGUCGGAGUUUGGUUUUUUGCCUUGUUCUUCGUGUUCUCGCUCGCUCUUCUUAUUUCCGUGGGAAUGAAAUCAGAGCUUUCCUACCAGCCUGCUUCAUUUGUCUUUGGCAAAUGGAUCAAUCAGACCGGAUGGCCUGAUGGUGUUGUUUGGUUUAUUGGUUUAGUUCAAGCCGCCUAUGGAUUAACUGCCUUUGAUGCUGUGAUCCACAUGGUCGAGGAAAUUCCUGCACCUCGCAAGAAUGCACCAAAGGUUAUAUACUUUGCUGUUCUCUCGGGCGCUGUCAGCGGUUUCAUUCUGAUGAUGGUCUGUCUCUUCUGUAUUCAAGAGGUCAACUCCGUCGUCAACUCUGCUAGUGGUUUACCCUUCCUGGACCUCGUCCAACAAACCGUAGGCACAAACGGUGCCGCCGUUCUCAUCGCUCUCUUCGUCGCCAACGGCCUCGGACAGAGUGUCAGUAUCGUUACCACCGCAUCUCGCCUAACCUGGGGCUUUGCUCGUGACGGCGGUCUGCCAUUCGGUCGAUACCUGUCUCACGUCGAUGAAUACUGGAAAGCCCCCGUCAGAGCCCUCUGGUUCCAGGGCUGUCUCAUUGCCUUGGUCGGAGUACUUUUCCUCUUCGCCGAGACAGUUUUGAACGCUAUUCUCAGCGUUAGCACCAUUGCCCUUACAAUCUCCUACGGGCUGCCCAUUAGCACUGUGCUCAUGGUUGGUCGCGAUAAGCUGCCUCCAGGAGGACAGUUUAAUCUUGGAAGGCUGGGUGCGCCAGCCAACUGGGUCAGUAUCGUCUACUGCGCCAUAACGACUGUGUUCUUCUUCUUUCCCAGCUCGCCCAACCCGUCGGGUGGAGAUAUGAAUUACGCUAUCGGAGUAUUUGGCGUUAUGCUUGUUAUUGCCAUCUCUUUCUGGUUUAUUCAAGGAAGUCGAACCUACUUGAACACAGAAGAGGCAUUCACGCAUGUGAUUCAAGCUCAGGAGACGGUUGCUAAUGAUGGCCAGUCAUCUGCUGCGAGAAAGAAGGAUUGA